CCCAGCACUGCGUGGGAAAGGAGCAGAGUGGGAAGCACAAGGGCACUGCUGUUGCACCCUGGAUGCAUGCAUCUGUGCACAUGGCAGCGAGCAGCAGCAGAACUGACCUCAUGCAAACAGCAGGCAUUGCUGUGAGCGCAUUGGGGUGCAACAAACCCUGCUGUAAUGCACAUGUGUGCCCGAGGCAGCACCCCAGGUGUGCGCUGCACGUCACGGGGCGGUGGGGCUCGCAGUGCACCAGAGGGGAUUUGUGCUAUUUUUACUGACCACUUGGAAGCCAGCUGAGGGUUAACACUCCCCCUCCGCCGCCGGGCCCCGCAGUGCUCAGCUCUGCAGACACCAGGCACCAGCUCCCAGGAGAUCAGCCCAGUGCCACAAUGCCGGAGCCCAGGGAGAGAAAAUCCAAGAUCACAGCCUCACGCAAGCUCCUGUUGAAGAGCUUGAUGCUGGCAAAAGCCAAGGAGGAGUGGGAUCAGGAGAUCGUGGACAAACAGUCGGAGAAGGAGAGAUACCUGUCCGAGCGCAUCACCCCGCUGCACACCAGCGGGCUCUCCUUGAGCCAGCUUCAGGACCUGUGCCGGGAGCUGCACGAGAAGGUUGAGAUUGUGGAUGAAGAGAGAUACGACAUCGAAGCAAAGUGCAACCAUAACACUAGGGAGAUUAAAGACCUGAAGCUCAAAGUGCUCGACCUGAGAGGGAAGUUCAAGCGGCCCCCGUUGCGGAGGGUCCGCGUCUCUGCUGAUGCCAUGCUGAGAGCUCUGCUGGGCUCCAAGCACAAGGUGUCCAUGGACCUGAGAGCCAACCUGAAGUCUGUCAAGAAGGAGGACACAGAGAAGGAGCGCCCCGUGGAGGUGGGUGACUGGCGCAAGAACGUGGAGGCCAUGUCGGGGAUGGAGGGGCGGAAGAAGAUGUUUGAUGCUGCCAAGUCCCCCACGGGACAGUGAGAGGAGCACCAGGACAGAAGAACAUCCCCAAUCCUUCUGGCUGCCCCCUGACCCCCCAUGUUGCUGCCCCUCUGUCCUCUUUGCAUCCUUGCCCUGAACUCCCCACUGAGAUGAACCAUGUAGACAACCAUCUAGGAAGGAGAUCUGAGUUUCUUCCCUUCAGCUCUGCCUUUCUCCCCACUCUCAGUCUCACCCACACAGGAUGUGCUCUUGGAGGGGCCACCAUCCACCAUCCCCUCCCAACCCUGCAGGGAGGGGACAGCCCCGCUCCCCCCGUUCCCAAACCUCCAGCACAGCCUGAGAUGUGCCCAUGUGGCUGCAUGUGUAUUAAAGGAUGGUCUGUGGGGCCGAA